AUGCCUUCGCAGGAACAACGGAAGAAAGAGAAGGAUCAAAAGCACAAAGCUAAGGCACCAGAACCUGCUACAAACGACCAGGAAAAGAAGGCCCUGAAAGCGGCACCACCACCACUGGUUCCUGUCGAACCUGGAGAUGAAAGUGAGGACUAUUCUGAGGAUGUGUCCAAAGACGAGGAGCAAAGAGUGUUAGACGAGAACUAUCAGGAUGGCACGCCGGGUAGCAGCAGAAGGGCAGAAGCAGAUGAAGAUGAAAGGUCCGAGGAAGAAGCCGACGAAGACCAGGCAGUGCAAACUGCGCGCGAGGAGGAAUCCGAGGAGGAGGAAGAAGAGAGCCCAGCUCUGUCGCAGCCUUCAACACCCAGGGACGACGAAAAGCCUCGGCCCAAAUGGAUGGAUCAGCGGCUGCAGUCGGCCAAGAAAGCGGAUCAACAAAUGGAGCCGGCCUGUCAGACCCGCCAACAAGUUCACCACGAACAGCGUCAACGUAAUAUAAGUGGUCAACGCGACUAUAACAGCCAGCUGACUUAUCGUAAAGAGCAAGAAAUGAUGAUGCAACCGCAGCAACAGCCACAGGUUCAAACAUACUGA